UGGGUUUAUUGCUUUUGAAGUCUGCGUACUAACAGAUUCGCCCUGCCAGCAGAGUGGUUCCUACAGCCCAUACAGUCAUCACUCGGGGGCAAUUCUGCAAAUAAUUUCAAAUGAACAAUGUACUUCAUAACUAAACGUUUCAUAUAGAUGUCUGAUUAAAUAGUGCAAAAUGUUUGUAUCGCUAGAAAAAUGGUAAUCGGAUUGGGUUUUUUUUAGGGGUGGGGGUGGGGGAAUCGAUACCCGAAAAAAGUACCUGAGUACCUGUACAUCUGUAAUAUUACGUAAAAUAUUGAAAAUAUUGUGUUCCUAUAUACCCCGUCUUUGUUAUGGGGGGGGGGGUCGGAGGAAUGGGGUGCGGUGGCCGGGGGAAUCGCAACCACGAAGUGCGUAAUCUCGUCUCCCAUCGCUAUCGGACGUAAAAAAAAAUGCCUAUAUCAGAAAAAAAGAGGCAGAAAUCGAUGGAACGGAUGAGCAUCACUGAUAAAGUUAUUUAUGCGAGGGUAAAAAGUACUAAGUGCUUCAGAAAAGGCUUCGCAUGCUCGACAAUCAUUUAUUAGCCAUCUUCCCACGCUCGUCUCAACGACGUGAAAUGCAUCCAAACGUUUCGCUCAUAUUAAUGAUUAAAAAGGGCUAUGAUUUGCGCAAAAAACACCAACGCCUGAUGGGAACUGUGUAGUAUGGGAUUAAAAGCAGGAACGGGAGUGGAUUUGCUGGCAUCGCAAAUAUAUAAAUUAUCAUGUAAGCAUGCAUCACAAGAUGGGAAUGUCACAUCCUAGCAACGGGACACAUCUUAGUUUGCUAACGGAAGUUACGUCCGGGCCCGGCACCACCUGUGUCUACAUGCAUGGAGUAAAACAAUUCUUGAAAUUAAUUAUGUAAAUAAGGGCGCGAUCAAAGUCGCGUCUGACUGCGUUAUUACGGGUACUGUUGCAUCACUCAACAGUCCAACACUGCCGUUGACCCCAAUGCCUCUUUUUGAUUUUAUAAACCAAUUGUUUACUGUUAUAUAUCCCAAUAAUUGCUUUGAAGAGUAUCGAAGCGAUCGCCUCAAUCUGCAGACAGUUUUCAAGAGAGGGCAUCAUGAGCUUAAAUGGAGAUCAGGGAAUUCGAUGCUUGGACAGCAACGCAUCAUGUGAAAUCAACGAGCCAACUGCAUUCACCAUUACACCAGCACCAAUAUUUGUUGUAGUGAUUUCCGUCAUCUUCGAAACUCUUCUGAUUCCCUUCAUACUCCUCGGCAAUGGAGCUGUAGUUCUUCUCGUUGCAAAGAGUGAGCCACUCCGAACCACCACCAACGCGUUUAUGGUAAGCCUGGCCAUGGCAGACGCCAUGCAGGGGCUAACACUCAUCCCUGUGAUUGUGGCAACGUUAGACCCGGUAGCUGUCAACAGUAAAUACAUAUGCCUGACGCUAUGGUGUAGCAUACUACUUGCCUCCGGUUGUAGCUCCUUGUCACUGUGCGCCAUCACAGUGGACCGGUAUGUCAAGAUUAUACAUCCACUAACUUAUCAACAAAUAAUCAACAAAACACAAGUAGCCACAGCCAUAGCCGCUGUGUGGAUCUACACCUCCUUUCUGGUGUUCAUCCUCCCUUUUUCUGGACUGAACCAAAUCAGAGACACGCCACAUUUCUCUUGUUUAGACUUCACAAGUGUGUUCGACCCGGUUCACCUUCAGAUGUUCCUCUUCACAAAUGGGAUCAUCCCUUUCGUCUUGAUGUGCUGCAUGUAUUUCAGACUUUUGAUUGUGGUGUUGGAGAAGCUUCAUCAGGAGGGAACCCAACGGAUUAACAAGGGGAUUCCCAUGACAGGAGGGCGCUGGAGAUUCAUGAAACGGGAGCUGCGCUCGGUGAAAACUUUCCUGAUUCUGUUAGGCUUCACUGGUCUGGCGUGGUUGCCAGUUACCAUAGUUGUGCUCUUGGAGAUCCACACGGGUUACCGUGCCAGCCUCGCUCUCAGGAGUGUUUUCAGUUGGUUGACCUUCAUGAACAGUGCGGCCAACCCAGUCGUCUACACACUACGCAGCGAGCCGUUUGGAAGAGCAGCUCGCAAGACGUUCGCCUACAGAUUCGGCAAACGUUGCUGCUGUUUUAGCAAGAGGAAACCCAAAAUCGUUCCACUGCAAAAUUUAACGUCCAGGUCUCUGACGACAUUUCCGAAUAGUGUGGCAGAUAGGUCAACGUUGAGAGUCAGCAAAGCUUGGCAGGAUAAAUCUUCGUUUAAUGAAAUUAAAGUCAUUAACAACGCAGAAACGUAA